CAAUCCUGUCCCGGCCGCACGCUCGAGACUGCGGUUGUCAGUUUGCUCUGCUGCAUCGAGCCGAAGUCGACAGCUAGCAUUUGGGGAAUGAUCCUCCGCGUGGAUUUCACCUGAACUCGCAGCCAACGACCAUGACAACGCUAUCGCAAGAACAAGAACAGCCACAUCCAAGCCAUAACAACAAUUCAAGCCAAACGCAGCUUCUACUACUGCGACAACGUUCCUCCGAACAGGAACUCCUACAGCCCAAUCAUCGUCCACUGCUGGCAAAAGCGUCCACCAUAAAGCGUCAGCAAUCAUGUCAACAGCAGCGACCAUUGUUGUUACACUCGUCCAGCCUAGGACAUCACCAUCAUCAAUCGCAACCGCACUACCACCAUCAUCAUUCACAUCCCCGUCUCAGCCAAAAGAACCGUCAGAAGCUGUUCUCGCGCAGCCGAGGCUACAAAUCGGUCUGCAGCGGUAGCGGGUCUCAGCAUGCCUGCGCAGGUCAAAGCAGAUGCUCGAAGGAUCACGACGAAGACAUUGAAGCCUGUUGAGCCCGCGAGCGUCCUCUUGAUUCCUAUUUGACGACC